CAAAAGUUGGAACGUCCAAAAAAUCAUUCCCUUAUAUAUAAGUUGAACGUGUUAGUUUAAAAACUCAAAAACCAAACAAGGCGUUAUCUCUUGUAAGUUACCAAUGGCUCAAAGAUUACAUCUUCUUCUCUCUAUAAUCUUCUUUCUUAAUCUGAUUCGCUUUUCAAGUCAACAAGGCAUAAGUUUCGUCUACAAUGGCUUUAACCAAGACAAAGGCUAUAUUCACCUUGACGGCGUUGCAAGAAUCCAUAACACAGAUGGACUUUUGCAGCUAACCGAUGACACGACUCUUCAAAUGGGUCAUGCUUUCUUUAACCGUCCAUUCGAUUUCGGUUCUGAUCAACCUCUCUCUUUCUCGACUCAUUUCGUUUGCGCUCUGGUCCCUAAACCAGGAGCUGGUGAUGGUGGGCAUGGGACUGCCUUUGUUCUAUCUUCUUCUAUGGAUCUCACUCAAGCAGACCCAACUCAAUACUUAGGACUCUUAAACAUGUCAAGUAACGGAUAUCAAAUUUUAGCUGUCGAGCUCGACACCGUCAAAACGGCAGAGUUUGACGACAUGGACAAUAACCAUGUCGGUAUAGACGAAAACAGUCUCCAUUCCGUUGUCUCGGCUUCAGCUUCUUAUUACUCGGACAGAGAAGGGACGAACAAAAGCUUGACGCUCUUGAGUGGAGAUCCUAUACAUGUGUGGAUUGAUUAUGAAGGCACUCUACUCAACGUUACAUUAGCUCCUUUAAUAAUAGAUGAGAAGCCAAGUAAGCCUGUUUUAUCAAGAAACAUCAAUCUCACAUCAAUCUUCCCAGCUCGAAAAGCUUUUGUCGGAUUUUCUGCAUCAACUGGAACAUUGGUGAGUUAUCAGUACAUCUUAGGGUGGAGUUUCAGCACAAGUAGCAAUUCAUUAAAGAGCCUUGACGUCUCAAAACUUCCCACGGUCCCUCAUCCCAAGAUGAUACCUAAGAAAACAUCUCCUCCGCUUAUUAUUCUAAUGGUUAUACUUGCACUCAUAGUGAUGGCUGUUCUUGGAGGUGUGUGUGAGUACAGGAUAAGGAAGUACGCUGAAGUGAAAGAGCCAUGGGAAAAGCCGUACGGUCCACUUCGAUAUUCCUACAAAAGCUUGUAUAAAGCAACAGGAGGGUUUAGCAAAGAUGGUCGUCUUGGGAAAGGCGGUUUUGGAGAAGUCUAUAAAGGAACUAUGCCUCUUGGAGGAGAUAUAGCGGUGAAGAGACUAUCACACGGCGCAGAGCAAGGGAUGAAGCAGUUUGUUGCUGAAGUUGUGACAAUGGGAAGUUUACAGCACAAGAACUUGGUUCCUCUUCUUGGGUAUUGCAGGCGAAAAGGCGAGUUAUUGCUGGUCUCCAAGUACAUGGAAGGGGGUAGCGUUGAUCAAUACUUGUUUCAAGAUGAUAAACCACCUCUCUCGUGGUCUCAAAGACUCGCGAUUUUGAGAGAUAUUGCAGCUGCGCUCUGUUACUUGCAUACAGGAGCUAGUCAAGUUGUUUUACACCGAGAUAUCAAAGCUUCUAAUGUCAUGUUAAAUGGAAAUUUACAAGGGUUUUUAGGAGAUUUUGGGAUGGCUAGGUUUGAUGACAACCUCUCUGCAACGGCAGCUGUUGGAACCAUAGGUUACAUGGCCCUCGAGCUGACAUCAACAGGACCUUCCACUUGGACCGAUGUGUACGCAUUUGGGGCUUUCAUGCUUGAAGUAGCAUGUGGGAGGAGACCAUUUGAUCCCGAGAUGCCGGUUGAGAAGCGACAUUUGGUCAAGUGGGUUUGUGAAUGUUGGAGAAAAGGUUCUCUAGUUGAUGCUAUGGAUACAAGAUUGAGAGGUAAAUUCUCACUUGGAGAAGUCGAAACUGUUUUGAAACUCGGGUUGCUAUGUACAUGCAUUGUACCAGAUUCAAGACCAACAAUGGAACACGUGGUGCAAUUCAUAAACAGACACCAAACACUGCCUGAUUUCUCUCCAGAUACUCCUGGAAUUGGAGUUUCUACGCCGGUGUUGACGAGGAUACAUUCUUUGGCGAUCACUUCCACUUCAGAGACCUCAUCACCAUCAGUUUCUUCUUCCUCUGCCAAUAAUUCCAUGUUCAUUUCUCACACAAUCAUAUAUGGUGAUGGAAGAUGAGAUCUGACAAACUUUCUUCAUAUUCGUUGGAAGAUGUACCUACCUCAUACAUAUCUCAUUUUCUAGUUACAUAUAGUUUUUGUCAAUAAGGUCGUGUGUUUGAUUGAAUAAGGGAUCAUGUUGUAAUAACUACUUAGUGUUCGUGUGAAUAUGAACAAUGAAACUCUCCAUUCCUAAUCUAUUUGUUUGUAUUGUCGUAAUUUUUCUUCUAGUUUUCUACGUUGUUAUUUUAGUUGUGAUUGUCAUUUCUCACAGAUACCUAUAUACAAAAUUGAGAAUUGCAAUGGCUGAUAAACAAAUAUUGCAACGACUAGCUAAUGGUUGCAAGAAUUAACACUCAAAGUUGUACUAGCUUAUCACCAAAGACUACAAUUACAAACGAGUACAAUGGUUCGUGACCAAAAAUUGCAACGAUUCAUCACUACAAGAUCCCAAUCACCAACAUUUGCAAAGUUUCAUUUAAUCAGUUGCAGUUGUCCAACUAGACAAUGGUAAUAGUUUACUUAAACAGUUUCAAAGAUUCACUUAAAUUUCCAACAACCAUUAUCUAUUUAAGUCUAAUUAGAAAUUCAAUUAAUAAAUAGCACAUAUAUCAAACUCAUGCAUAAAUUUAAAUGCGCAUAUAUAAAAUAUUUGUUCUUGGUUUAAAUUUUGUUAAUACUUACCUAUUAAUAAAUAAAUUUAUCUAAAUAGACCAUAAAAUUUUAUCUGAAACCCAAAUCAACAAAACAAAUCAGAAAAAAUCAGACCAAUACAUGAUAUUAUAAACCAUAAAAUAUAAUUGAAAAAUCAUAAAUUAAUUUUUUAAAUAUAUAAUAUUAUAAAAUAAUCAAGUCAUCCAACAAAAUGAAUUACCCAGAUAUUUUAAAGAUAAUUUUUAAGAUUCUUUUAAAAUGUAUAUAAAAUAGAUACGAAAAUGAAAGAAAAAAACAUUAAAACCUAUGAAAUUUGAAUGAAUAGACAUAUCUUUACACAAUUUUGUUAACCUCUUUAAAAUCUAUGAAAUUUUUAGAAUAAAAAUACACUCUUUAGACGAAAUGAUAACUUCUUAGAAAUGUAUACAACUUUUAGAAUAAAAAUCCACAUCAUUAAAAAAGAUAUAUCUUUAGAUAUUUUUGGAUUACUAUUAAUAAUAUAUUUAAUGUUGUCGUCUCUAGUGAUAAAAAUCGGUGCUCGAAGAUACACAUAUCUUGCUCUUAUUGUCUUUAAAUUACCACCUGAUAACAAGCAAAUUUAAUACGAUACAGAUUUUUUUUUGCAUCUCUAUCUUGUGCUUAAGUGAAAUUUUGGGGUUUGACCGACCAAAAAGACAACAUGAGACCUAAAAGUUAAAAUUAUUAAUAUAUUUAAUUUCGUAAAUAUAUAAUAUCAUAAAUUAAUGAACUUACCAAACAAAUAGUUGUAUCAAAAUAUUUUUACAUAUUUUAAGAUUAUUUUAAAAUGUAUACAAAAUAGAUAUGGAAAUGCAUGUGUUAAAGGAUGAAAUUUCUGAUCGUUGUGAGUUUUUUGUGUUGUUAUUUUGGACUAAUAAUUGUAAAGGUGACUGAUAUGCUCAAAUUAACUAUAUUAGUUGCUCUAUAAUUUCAGAAAUGCAGUGUGUUAUUUAGGGAUCAAAUACACAUAGCUUUUGGAUCAUUCAAUAGAUAUCUAUUUUGAAUUAAAUUAAACAAGUAAAUAGUAAGCAUUUGAAAAAAAAAAUGUAAAAAUUGUUAUAGAUGAUAGAUCCCAACAGUUCUAUCAAUCGAACAAUUCAUCCUUAACCAUAGAAAACCUUAAAUCUAACAUGCAAAUUACUGAAAUCGAUGAAACAUAAAUUAGUAUAUGAAUAAACUGCAUUAGUAAAUCCAAAAGAGAAAUAAUGGAGUUCGAAAUAUUUAUCUGCUGAGUUCUAGUUUGUCUCGUUUAUCAACAUUAAUGAUAUCAUAGUUAGAGAUUAUUAGAAAAACUUUAUCAGUCAAAACCUCAUAAAAAUCAAAAUUAUUUAAGCAUGAACAUGUGGAAAAAAGAUACUUAGACGAUGAUAGGUGUAGGAAGAUUUCUUUUUAUGGGUUUCUCAAUGAAAACUGAUUCUUGUUCUCUCUCCAACUUUUUUUUUUCUUUUAAGUUUUUAGAUACCAUGAA